CCACGGUGCCAUGGCUGGCGCACUCACCCUCAUCCUCUUCUUCCUCCUCUGUGCAGAGGCCGAAGGCUUCUCCCCCUGCCAGGCACCCAGCCUGCAGACCAAGGUGUUCCAGUACCGGCUCUGGGAUGUGAACCAGAAGUCGCUGUACCUGCAGGAUGACCAACUGCUGGCCGGGCAUCUCCAAGGGGCCAACGCCGCCCUGGAAGGUGACAAGGAGACAUGGGGGGGGACAUGGUGGGGGUGGGGGACCCUGACCCUAACCCUGAUGGCCCCCCGGGUAUGUGACCCUCAGAGAAGGUGUUCUGGGUGCCCAACCGGGCCUUCGAGCCCACCCGGCUCCCUGUCAUCCUGGGCAUCCGCAACGGCACCCGCUGCCUUGCCAGCCACCCCAAAACUGGCACCACUCCGGCACUGCAGCUGCAGGCCGUGGACAUCCGGGAGCUGCCCCACACUGGGGAGGCCUCGGCCGCCUUCACCUUCUUCCGCUCCUACAAGGACGGGCUGUGGCGCUUCGAGUCCGCUGCCAACCCUGGCUGGUUCCUCUGCACCUCUGCCCGGGGCCACCAGCCCCUGGCGCUGUCCCGCAGCCACGAUACCACCCACCUGCUCGACUUCUACUUUCAGCUCUGCUGAGCCCCCUCUGGCACAGCCAUGGGGACACUCCCAACUGGGGACAGGGACAUCCUCAGCCUGGAGACAAUGGCACCUCCCCCAGGAUAGCGCCAGCCUCUUGGGGAGGAUGACAUCCCUCCCAGGUUGGUGACAUCCUCACCCCGAGGAUGCUGCCAGCCCCCUGAUGAAGGUGACAUCCCACUGGGGGAAAGUGACAUCCUCACUCCAGGGUAGGUGCCAUCCCCCCAGGAUGGUGCCAUCCCCUUUGGAAGGGUGGCAUCCUCCCCAGGAGAGUGACGUCCUGGGGAUGGUGCCAGCCCCGUGGGGACGGU